AUGAAGUGGAUCUUUGUUCAUAAUUUCUUGGCCUCUGCUGCUUUGGCUGCAGCAGUUGCCGUCCCCAGGCCGGCCCAAGGACUCGACGUUGUCAAGACCGUGGUUUUAGACGACGGCCGGGUGCUAGACUGGGUCCGCAGAGAGUCUCAACACGACAAUUUUACUUUGCCAGCCGAUUGGAACUCGGAAAAGAGAAACAACAGACUGGUGGAACGAUUUGUUAACCCGAUUCCCCAGCACCAGCGUGGCCCCGAGGGUACAGUCCCCAUCCUGCGUCCAGGACUUGUACCCUUCCCUGAGAAGCGUCCGCCGGUAGUCGAAGCUUCCGCGUCACCGAUAGUUCAGUUGAAAACCUCCUUCUUUGAACAACAGGACUAUACCGGACAACAUUGGUAUGCCACGACUGGCAAAGGGACAAAAGUCACGGGAGGUGGCGGCUCCAUCAGCAUGUUUGAGCCCUAUCUGGCGUCACAAUCCGACUUUUCUCUCAUACAGACAGCCAUGGUACGCUGGUACGCCAAGACGACCGAAUUGGGUACAGUGACUCAAUCACUCGAGGCUGGCUGGAUGUACUACCCGCCUCGAGGCCCCAAGCCAAUGUUUUUUGUCUUCUUCAACACCAAUGGCUACCAGGGUUCCAGCGAUUACAUGUGUGGCUGGAACACGGAAGUAAAGGGUUGGGUGCAGGUCGACGACUCCAUCUUCCCUGGCAUGUCCUUUGAGCACAUGUCUGUGAUUGGCGGCGAGCAGCAUGACUUCGAUGUCAAGUUUCACCUCGACGACGGCAAGUGGUGGCUCAAGGCAUUCGGAAAGGAUAUUGGAUAUUACCCUGCCGAGCUGUUUAGCAAGAAAUCAAAUGCAGAGGAUACUCUGGCCGCGUAUGGUGAUGUCAUCAACUUCUUUGGCGAAGUGUACAACAGCGGCUCAGAGUUGACCAAUACGGACAUGGGUAGCGGCAACUUUCCCGAAGCGGGAGACGGCAAGGUCGCAUACGUCAAGAACAUGGUGUAUCUUGACGGCGACGGGAAUGAGCAAAUGUUUACUGAUGGGUAUAUCCAGGAGAGCGAUCGUACUCGCUACAGAAUUAAGCCAUUCUGGAACUCUGGCACAACCUGGAAAUCGUACAUCUAUCUUGGGGGGCCUGGUGCCGAUGGUGUGGUUGGUGCUUGA